CGCGUUUGUUACACGCGGCAAGUAGUUGUGGCCGGCUUUCUCUGUAGCCCGUAACACGAUUUCCCUUCAGUAUCGGAGUCUCUGGUUUGUCGGAAGGAUCUCGCGAUAAUUUUACUUACAGUUACUCAUUCAGUCAAGUGGCAAAGUGUUCACUGUGUAAAGAAAUUUGUACAAUUUCUGAAACAACCGUCGCAAUUAUUUUUCUAAUAAAAAAUGGCUCUGAUCGAUUCGAAACCGUUCAUCAUCGAGGACAACAUUCUGAAGGGUAAAGAGGUGUUUUAUCGCAGCGAAUUUUCGAGUGUCGGAAAAUUUGUAUUCGACCAAUUGAAAAAGAAGCCAGAUUUUAUCGGCCAGAUCGACGCGAUGACCGAUGAAAAAUAUACGUACGAGAAAAUGCUGGAACGUAGCGUGAGGUGCGCCAUUUGGAUGAAGUCGCAGGAUAUCGUCCGGGGUGAUAUCAUUGCGAUCUGUUCACACAAUCAGCUGGAUUCUGCGAUGCCGUGUUUCGCUUCUCUGUAUCUCGGAGCAAUUUUCAACCCUUUGGAUUCCAUGAUGAAUGCCGAUGAUAUCCUCCACUUGAUCAAGCUCCUGAAGCCAAAAAUGGCGUUCGCCAGUGAAGAAUUAGUGGCAACGAUCAGCGAAGCGGUUCGAGCUGCCGGUCUCGAUGUGAAAAUCGUCGUUUUUGGUCGGGCUACUGCCGGCUUAGAGGAAUUCGAGCGAAUAAUCACCGACUCCGUCACCGACGAGGAUGUCGAGAAUUUUCGUUGCGAGGAUAUCGAAGAUCCGGAAGAGACCGCGGUCAUAAUGUGUUCAUCCGGGACGACCGGUCUACCGAAGGGUGUGGCGCUUAGCAAUCGAUCGAUUUUAAAUCAAUUGCAAUACUCGACGGUCUUUCAAAUGGAAGGCAACAGCUGCCUCUGCUUCUCGCCUCUCUACUGGAUCACCGGGACGAUCUUGACGUUCUUGCAUUUGCACGCUAGCGUCACGAAAAUCGUAACACCGUCCUUCGACGAAGAACUCGUUUGCGCCAUCGUCGACAAAUACAAGGUGAACUGGUUCAUUUUGGGCUCCAGCAUGGUAAAUCGACUGUUGAAAUCCGGUGUGCUGACCGAGGCCAAGUACGACACCCGUUCCAUAAAACGGGUGUAUUACGGUGGUGGACCGUUGCCCGUGACCUCCCAUAAAAUACUCGCGGAAUUGCUACCGGACGCGUUGGUCUUAGCGGCCUAUGGGAUCACAGAACUUGGUGGUAUUGUAACGUUGCAGUGCGAAACAUCGAAGCUCGGAUCGGGCGGGAGAAUCGUGCAGAAUGCCCAGAUCAAGGUGAUUGAUACGAAUACGGGUCGGGCGUUGGGGCCCAAUCAACAGGGAGAAAUAUUGUUGAAAAACAGUAGCCUCAUGAACUUUUAUUAUGACAAUCCCAAAGCCACGGCGGAAACCAUUGACGAGGAAGGCUGGCUACACACGGGGGAUCUCGGAUACUACGACGAGAACGGCGAGAUUUUCAUAACGGAUAGAUUGAAAGAGUUGAUCAAGUAUCGCGGCUACCACAUAUCACCGUUCGAAAUAGAAAGCAUUCUGUUGUCGGAUCCGAAGGUCAAAGAAGUUGCUGUCGUUGGUCAGCCGCACCUCGAGGACGACGAACACCCCAUCGCAUUCGUCGUCAAAGGUGAUGGGGAAGAGGUCACAGAGACUAUGCUGAUGGAACUUGUGGCGUCGAAACUUUCCGAUUUCAAGCACCUUCGCGGCGGCGUGAGGUUCGUUAGUGCCCUUCCAAAGUCACCGUCUCACAAAGUCCGACGCAAAGAGUUGCGUGACUUGGCCAAAAAUAUUACGAAAGGUUUUCAUUCAUCGAUCGAGAACAAUGUACUCAAGGGCGACGUGGUUCCCAUUCCCUGCAACUAUUCUAGUCUUGGAGAUUUCAUUCUCGAUAGAUUUGAGAAGAAGCCACAUAUCACCGGUAUAAUUGACGCUGUAACCGGCAAGAAAUAUAGUUAUCAAAACAUGCGAGAGCAAAGCAUCAGGUGCGCCUUGUGGAUGAAAUCGCAGGGCAUAAUCCCUGGGGAUGUGGUGGCUAUUAGUUCGCACAAUCAACCGGACCUUACGACGCCAUGUUUCGCGACACUUUAUCUGGGAGCAAUUUUCACUCCCUGGGACGCGACGUUGAUCGCCAAAAACUUCAGCCAUUUCAUAAAGAUCAUGAGACCAAAAAUAGUGUUCGCCAAUGACGCAGUCGCCCAAGAAAUAUCAAAGGCAGCGAAAGAAGUUGGAACCGAUUUGAAGAUUGUAGUUUUCGGAAGAGUUCCUGGAUUCUUCGAAUUCGAUAGAAUCGUCAACGAGGUCGCGGAAGAGGAAGUCCGAAAUUUCGAACCGACAAAAAUUAAUUCCCCCAAAGACAUCGCCGUCAUUUUGGGUUCUUCGGGGACCACUGGCCCUCCAAAAGGUGUUGCACUCACUCACGGUGGGAUCUUAGGACAAGGGCUUCAAUCCGAAGAACUGGGUAUGCCUGGGAACAUGUGCCUUCUUUUCACGACACUUGCUUGGAUCACUGCAACACUCAAUAUCUUCCAAUGUUUGUAUCUUGACGCGCCGAGACUCGUCGCACCACCUUUCGAAGUCGAAUCAGCUUGCGCCAUCAUCGAGAAACACAAGGUGAAUUGGGCGCUCUGCGCCCCCAGUAUGAUCAACAGUUUGCUGAAAUCAGGCGCUGUGAAACGCUACGAUCUUUCAUCCCUUAAACGUAUCGUCUGCGGUGGUGCGAUGCUCUCCCCUGCUUCUCGCAAGGAGCUUUCGGAGGCUAUCCCGCACAUUCAGAUGUCCGCUUGUUACGGAAUGACGGAACUUGGUUCCUACUUGGCUAUCCAGAGUGGCGAAGGCGAUCCCAGAUCGUGCGGUCGUAUAAUGAAAAACUGCGAAGUUGCGGUGAUCGACCUGAAAAGUGGGAAAAAACUGGGCCCGAAAAACGAGGGAGAACUUCUACUGAAGACACCGUACAUGAUGAGCGGGUAUUUCAACAACCCACAAGCAACGGCUGAAGUCGUUGACGAGGAAGGUUGGAUGCACUCGGGAGAUCUCGGAUACUACGAUGAGAACGGUGAUAUUUUUUUCAUCGAUAGACUGAAAGAACUCGUCAAGUACCGUGGCUACCACAUUUCACCGCGUGACAUUGAGGACGUAAUAACGACUCAUCCCGGUGUGCGGGAGGCUGUAGUUGUGGGAAAACCUCAUCCCGUCGACGAUGAGCAUCCGCUAGCUUUCGUCGUUAGGGAGCCUGGAAGAACGGUCACUGAGAGGGAAAUCGUCGACUACGUGGAUUCCAUAGUCCCGGACAGCCAACGUCUGCGUGCUGGCGUCAGAUUCGUAGAUUUCAUACCGAAAACCAUAUCCAACAAACCGAAGCGCGUAGAAUUUCGUACCCUGGCAAAGUCUAUGCCCUCCGAUUGAAUGAAUCAAUUCCGAACGGUGGAAUGAUGACGACCUGUUUGGUUUUUUUUUUUCUCUACUUUAACUACGAAAAUCGUGAAGCUUCGUUAACACGUUUUUAUCAAACCAAAAAUUCUCGAGGAAUUUCAAUAAGUACGUUAUAUUUUUUAAGUUGAAUAAAAUGGGGCUGCAAUUGCAAA